AUGUUCAAAGCACCGGUUGAAGAUUCUACCAAGCGCAAGCGACCGACGAGAAAAUAUACCUCGAGAGCUUGUGAAGGAUGCCGUCACCGCAGAGCAAAAUGUGACGGAGUACGACCAUCCUGUGCACGGUGUUUUGAUCGUGGCAUCCGCUGUGAAUAUUCCACCGCAGAGGACGGAAGACAACCAGCUCCGAAGUCUUAUGUAGUAAUGCUACGCAACAGGAUUGAUAUCCUUGAACGUGUGCUCCGCUCUCAUGGUAUCGAUGCAGAUGCAGCCAUUGCACAGCUCAUGCUUGAAAAUGAAGAUUUAAAUCCAACUCAAGACCCCUGUGCGUCUGGUGCUUCAUAUGUGGAUGAUUUAUGCGUGACCUUUGAUGGUGCACUGACUCUGGAUGAAUCCUUGAAUUUUGAUCAGGAUGGUGAGGUUCGCUACUUUGGUCCCACCAGCGGAAGGCUACUAUUUCGGUCGUCAGAUAGUGAGUAUCUUCCAUCUACGGGAUAUACCUCUGAUAAUUAUGCCUCUGCUCCUGCUACUGCUGUCUGUGACACGGAUGUUUUAGUUGGGAGCUCUAUGUCCGUUUCCGAUGAACUUCAGGCUCAUUUAAUAGAUUUGUAUUUCGAGUGGGAACAGCCUUGGGUACAGGUCGUUUGUGAACGGCUAUUUCGUGACAGCUUGGUCUGUGGCGGUCGAUACAGCAGUCCAUUCCUACUCAACUGCAUUCUUGCACUCGGAUCUCGAUAUUGCGAUCUGCUUGAAGUACGAUCUGAACCAAAUGAUGCAAAUACAGCUGGCAAGGCUUUCAUGGCUAAGGCGGAGAACUUGCUCCAGCAUGAUCUACGCUGGCCUACAAUUACUACUAUCCAGGGAUUGGCCAUCAUGGGCACGUUCUACAUUGCAACGGGAUCUGACGCUGCUGGAUGGCUCCACCAGGGUAUGGCUAAUCGAUUGGCUAUUGACAUGGGCUUUAACAUGGAUCCGGCUGUACUUACAGGAAAAGUUGCGCUUCCGACUGAUGAGAUUGAGCUGCGAAGAAAGGUUUACUGGGCUUUGUACUGCCAUGAUAAACUGUCCGCAAGCUACACGGGCAGGGUCUGCACACUCCUUGAUUCUCAAGGUGCAGUUAAACUUCCUGAUAUUGAAUCCGGUUUGGAUAUUCAUCUACCAGCCGCUAAUGGACAGCCUCGAGCCGCUUCCGAGCGUGAUGUUGUUCUGCUACACAGAGCGAUGAUUGAACUAUGCAGAAUCCUUGAGAAAAUCCUCCUAUCACUAUGGUCGCCAAAGCCACUACUCCACGCAAAUCAACGUUCGGCAUUUUUCGACUCUUGCAUUCUGCAGCUUAGAACAUGGCACUACGAUCUUCCCUCCGAACUAAAAAUCAACCAGCAAUCGGUCCCUUCCAAAUUUCCCCACAUCUACACUCUGUACAUGAUUUAUCACACAGCCCACCUGCUGCUCUGUCGUCCCUUCAUGAUCAAUCACCCCUCAGAAGAAAAGAGCGAUGUAGAGCACCACGAAGAACAAGAUCACACAACAAACGACGACCCAAGAACCCAAAGGGCGCUUUCAACCAGCUGCAAUUCUAUCCGGGCCAUGUGCUAUCUCAGUCAGCAAUACAGACAGACCUUCGGUAGUUUCAGACUCAGUCCUAUUACUGCGACUCAUUGUAUUCUCUCUACUGCUUUCGUCAUCAUUGAGCGAUUAUGUUCUGCUCAAGUUGAGAGUUGUGUGAACCCGCCUAUUGAUGGUUCUUACACUUCGCCUGCUUCGAAUCCUCAUGAUGCUGUCGCAUUAUUCUUCCAGAUCUUCAGGGAGCUGUCGACUUCUUGGAAUAUUGCCAAGCGCAUCGGCCGGAACCUUGAAAAGGUUUAUGAACAUCGUUUUGGCUCCCGUCUAUUUCCUCGGCCUCCGGAAGACGUGUCAUGUCCAAUGCCUGGGCCAAUUCCUCCGGAUGGGAAUACGGUUCCGCCAUUGGAGGACUUUGAUGGACUCUUUACUGUGGAGAAUAUGCUUGCCACACCCUUCCCUAUUUCCCUUGGAGAUCCUCUUCUUUUACAGCCGAAUGAAAAUUUCUUCACAGCUGAAACGUUCCCUUUGGGUGGACACUCAAACAUGAUAGACCCUCAAACUUCUGAUGAGCUGUUUGCCAAUAAUCUUGGCUGUGCUUUUACGCCGGAAUGUCUACCCAGCGACUAUAAUAUGUUUGACACUUUGAAUCAGAUGUACCUAGAAGAGACCUCGGGUUGUGGUAGAGCAAACUGA